CUCUCAGACAUUUUGUUGUACUCUGAGCAACAGACACUGUAUUCUGCUAGUCCAUCUCUAUAGUCCUAUGCAGGAGUUAAUCAGUGUGUGGGUCCGGGAUCCUCGCAUUCAAAAUGAGGACUUCUGGCAUGCAUAUCUGGAUUAUGAAAUCUGCAUACAUACAAACAGCUUGGCCUUCAAUAAGAAGAACUCUUGUGUGCGAAGGAGGUACAGUGAGUUUGUAUGGUUGAGGCAGAAGCUGCAAGAGAAUGCCUUGCUUGUAGUGAAUCUACCUGAGCUUCCCCCAAAGAACCCCUUCUUCAGCCUCAACAAUGCCAGACAGAUCGCUACUCGCAUGGAAGGACUAAGGAAUUUCCUGAAAGAGAUUCUGCACAACCCAGAGUUGCUGUCUGAUAGCUGUCUGCACCUCUUUUUGCAAUCUCAGCUGAGUGUAAAGGAUAUUGAGGCCUGUGCAGAGGGCAAGCGUCACUACACAGUCACUGAGGCCAUUCAGAACUCUGGCUCAAAGACACAACGUUUUGGCUCCGAUGAGAACUCAAAAGAGGAGAGAGAAACUGACUCAGAGUGACUGGCUUCUGUCUCAUUUAUUUUGGUCAUGGCCCAUGCUUAAACUCUGAAAAAAUUAAUCAUAGUGUAUUUGCUACAGCAUCCAGAAUUCAAGCCAGAAUUCAAACCAAAAUAACAGAUGUGUACGUAAAGUGUAAUUGCUAUAUGAUUAAUCUAAGCUGCUCCUCCUUUUUCCUUUUUGUGCUGUGGAUAUGUACUGUAUCUAUAUAAUAUUUAUCUUUAUUACCCAAUAAGAAAGCCUUAUUGGGACUGAAUUUGUGGGAAAACA